CGAGAUUUAAGCUCUGUUUUACAAACACACAAACAAUCAAAUCUCAUUUUAUAGAAACCCUAGUUUCUUUCCAAGGAGAUUAGUUUCCUUGACACACACGUCUUCUUUCUUUUCCUUCCAGAAAGCUAUUUAUUUGUCCUUCUUCCCUUUGAUUCAUAUUUCUUGAGGUUAUGGCAACGACGUCAAGCACGACAAAAGCAAAGGUGGACAACAAUAACCUAACCAAAACAAAAUCUAUCGGUCGAAAACCAAAGCAACCAUCUUCUGUGUCAUCAGAAGAUGGAUCUGAUCAUAAACCGGAGAAGCCUUUGCCAAACUAUUUGAAACCAACGAUCAGUUCAAGACCUGACCCAGUCAAGUUCUUGAAGAAGGAUGAGCAGGAUAACCAGAAGCUUCUCCGUAGAAGAUCUUUUGAUCGACCACCAUCUUCGUUGACUUCUGCUUCUACUCCUUCUCCACGUGUCCAAAAAACCCUCAACGUAUCUCCUUCUCUGCCACGAGACAAACCCGCGGUUCCUAGAGAGAAGCCUGCCACAGCUCUGCGUUCUUCUUCUUUCCAUGGAAGCAGAAGUGUUCCCAGAGGAAGCGCUCCUGUGAAAUCGCCUCAUGUUGCUCCAAAGAAGAGCGGGUUGAGCAGUAGUAGCAGCACUUCUUUGAAGAGCAAAAAGAAAGUUCCUGAACAUGUUGCUGAAAAGAAUGCACCUGAGAAAGAGAUUUCCUUGGAUACUGCUUCUUUGUCAUCUGCUCAGGAAGAUGAAGAGGAGGUUGUGAAGGUUGAGAGGGAUGUACAAGUUGCUGAGGAUAUAGAAGAACCCAAAGAAGAAAAGGAAAAGGAAAAUGAAGAGGUGGGUGUAGAGGUUGUGCAUGCUGAUGUUUCUGGUGAAGAGAAUGAGAGUGGUGGAUCAACAUUGGUUGCUCCUGUUGAGGAAGACAUUGUUGUUGCCAAAGAAGAGGAAGAAGAAAGAAUAUUGAUCAAUGAACAUAACUCAGAAGAGAAAGUAGAGGAAGAGAAGGAACAAGAGAACAAGGUUGAACUCACUGAAGAGGUUACACCAAAGAUUGAUGAAGAUGAGACUUUGGAGAAGGUCGAUGCUGACAUGAAUACAAAAGAAGUUGAGAAGGUCGAAGAAGUUGAAAGUGUGGAAGAAAAAGAAGAAGUGAAAGAAGAAAAGGAAGUGAACAUUGAGGAGAAGGAAAAGGAUAAAGCUAAGGAAGAAGAAGUGAAAGAAGAAAAGGAAGUGAAGAUGGAGGAGAAGGAGAAGGAUAAAGUUAAAGAAGAAGAAUCAGGAGAAGGAAAGAAGAAGGAAGUAGUGAAAGGUAAGAAGGAAUCUCCAUCAGCAUACAACGAUGUAAUCGCAAGUAAGAUGCAAGAGAACCCAAGGAAGAACAAAGUUUUGGCUCUUGCUGGAGCUUUUCAAACCGUUAUUGAUUAUGAAACUGCCGCAUCUAAGUGAUAUAUAUCACAAAGAGACACAACAACAACAACAACAACAACAAUCAACAAUGUCAUCUCUUUAGCUUUGAAUUGUAUUUCAUUUUAUUUUAUUUCUGUCUAAUUAUCAUUUGCCAUUGUUAUAAUUUUUGUGUCGUGGAAUGUAUGCUUUUCGAGUGAACUAAGUUAUACACGAACCUAAUCAUAUGUUUGAAUGUAUU